GGAGAGUCUGGUGGGGUUCUCAUCUGCAUUGAAAACAGGCAGAUUAGUGUCAGAAAGAAGAAAUAGUUCUACUAUAGUAGGUAUUCUUGAUCAUUAAAUAUCAAACUUGAUAGAGCGAGAUAGCUAAAAAAAACCUAAAAUAAUGAAGAGUUAAGAAAUUUAUAACAAAGUAUGUGAAGGGCUAAAAAAGAAAGAGAGAGAAGACGACAUAACCUAACCGGGAACAUCUGGUCACUUCAAGACGAAUACAUUCCUCAGAAGCCAUUCUGCUUUAAUCAAGUUAAUUGUUCUUCUGAGGCCUUCCUGAUGGAAUCAGAAAAUGGGAGCACCAUAAUGGACAACAUAACAACAAUCAAUCAUGACAAUAAGAGUAUUGUUAGUAACAAUAUCUCUGUUACCUUUGGGGCACUCAUCCUCAGCAUUGUCUUCCUCCUGGGCGUUCCUGGCAACCUCUUUAUUAUUUGGAGCAUCCUGGCACGUGCCCGAAAGCGCUCCGUGACUACCAUGCUCAUCUUCAACCUGGCGUGUGCAGAUGGUUGUCUGAUGUGUCUGACGAUUUUCUUUAUAAUAUACCUAGCCAAGAAGAACUGGGUGUUUGGAGGUGUCAUGUGCAAGUUUCUAUUCUACUUGUGUAAUACAAACAUGUACGCCUCCAUUAUGAUCAUUACACUGAUGAGUCUACACAGACUAGUGGCAGUGGUGUGGCCCUCAUACUUGAUUGCCUGUACUCGUAAAAGGACGGUAUUACGUGUGCUUGGGGGCCUCUGGAUUGUUGUAUUUCUUUCGGCAUUGCCAGCUUUGAUAUUUAGAGAAGUAAAAACAGAGAAGAAUGACAAUGGGAAGGACCGCAUUGUGUGUGCAACUAAUCACGAGAAGUCAUGGCAUGUAGUUUUCCAGUAUACACUUGAGACAGUUGUUGGUUUCCUGGUACCAUAUGUGAUCAUAGUCAGCAGUUAUGUGUGUAUCCUUCGACGCCUCCGACAGACCAAGUUCAGGAGGAAGAUACGAAGCGAGAACCUUAUUCAAGCCAUUAUUGUGACAUUCUGCAUUUUUUGGCUCCCUUACCACGUUAUUAAUAUUGUACAAGUGGUGGCAGCACUUACACCAGUGGGAUCACUACUAAAAACGAAUCUAGAUAAUAUCUGGCAGUCCAGUCGUGCCGUUUCGUCCGCUCUGGCUUUUAUCAGCAGUUGUGCCAAUCCAGUCCUUUACACCUUUGCUGGGCGCUCCUACAUCAAGGCUGAUGGCCUAGCAUUCAUGGCCAGACUCUUUGAGAGCACUGUGCUGGACAAUGGCACCAAGAGAAGCCGUCAGACCAGAGAUGUCAUCAGAGUAUGAGCUUCACAAUCUUCUGUUAUGACUGGAGCACAUUAAAGAGCUUUUUUUUUAGUUUUAGUUUUUUUACAUUAAGUUAUAUUAAAACUGUAUUACUUAAGUUGCAUGAAAUGUUGGCAUUUUGACUGAUACUGUAGUGAAUAAACAAUAGUUGAAUAAACUCAGUAGGCAGCCCUAAGGCCUACAAUUUUUAAUAGACUAUUAUCACUGGUCUAGUGUAUGUACUUAUAUAUGGCAGCUUGCUCUCAUUCCCAAUUUACCUGCUUUAAAGAUUGUAAACAUCAGGUUCACACGGAGGUCAGAAUGAAUAGGUCAUGUUUACAUUUUUUUUAUAUAAUUUAACUAAACAUUACUUUAAAACUAUACAAUAUGGAGAACUUUUGAAUGUUUGUAUGCCUAACUUUUGCUGCUAUCAAUUGGUAUAAGUUCCAAUGCAUUAUAUUUAAAUAGCUCCCAAUUAUCACGUGCAAAUGGAACAAAAUGGUACAAACAUGGUCAAGUUACUUAUCGCUAUUGAGAAGUCUUCAUGUACUUUGAAUUGUCAGUUAUAGAGCUGUUCAGUCAUGACAUCAAGACAAUUUGUAGUCAAACCCUAGAGUCUAAUUCGCCAUGGGGGUUUUCAUCAAUAUUUUCCUAUGGGUUUUUAUAAUGGGGUUUCCCUAUCUGUCACUCACUCAAUGUUGAGUCGAUGAGUUGACACUAGGGGUCACCCUUGGGAGUCCAGACAUCUCUGAUCUUUGAGAAAAGGCCAAUGGGAAUUGGCAUGUAGGAUUGACAUACGAGUAUAAAAGGAGUAUUGCUGCAAACACACAUUCCGAUUUCUACUUUGGAGCCGAGCAGACACAUUCACUGAGCUGAAUUCUUCCUGCCGUUCCAUUCAUCUCUCCUCUGUUGAAAGCUACUGGAUCUACGGCGCAUUGCAGCGGUUCUCCCUCUCACACACUACAGUUGUGUCAAGCAACACCCCUGGGCACUUUGGCAGUGCA